AUGGCUCGGCCAAGAGACUCGCGCUCACCAAGUCCUGCAGGCAGCCAUUUCAACUCGCGCCGCCACCGCAAAGAUGACGACCGGCGGGAUGCCAGAGACCGCCGAGACGAUGGAAGGGAUACUCGCCGACGCUCAAGGUCGCGCAGCCCGGAUUACCGGUACCGCGACCGUGACCGAGGCAGAGACAACAGGGAUCGUGGUGGCCGUGACCGCGACCACCGCCGAGACGAUGACUUCUACCGCGGCCCACGUGAUCGCCGAGGAGCGAGAGACGACUUUAGAAGACGAGACGAUUCUAGGAACAGAAGCCGACGUGAAGGCACGGCUGACUCUCAUCCUCGCAGCAGCCGCGCUGACAGCCGAUCUCGCAAGACCCCGGUAGCUGAUAGUGGCAGGAAUGGAGCUGAUGAGGCCCAAAAGGCCAAGCCGAACGCUGCACAAUCCGAGGUUGAUAAGAAGGCAGAGCGGCUUGCCAAGCUUGAAGCAUGGAAGAAGAAGAAGGAACUCGAAGGCCAGAAACAAAAAGAGGUGAAUGCCAGUCAAACCAGAAAUCUGUUGGCUGAGAUGGACAAGAGGGCCAAGGAGGGAUCCACGGCUGUCUCAUCCCCUGUUGUGUCGUCCGCUGCUUCUCCUGCUCCUGUUGACUCGGGAAGCGUAUCUCCUGCAAAGCCUUACACUGGCAAGUUUGAUCCAAAAACGAUUGCAAAGAAGUCCGCUGUUCAAAGAUCACACGAUACUACUAAAGGGGCUCUGGGAUCUAUAGAUGUUCAACCGCCUACCAUUGCUAUGCCUGUGAAGAAGACAAUUGCUGCGUCUGCUUUGCCUACAAAUCGUGCCAAAGCCAGCAGUUUUGGAUUCGGUAAAUCUCAUGCUGAAGGGGACAAGCUUACCAACAAGCGAAAGCUUGAUAUGGACGAGGAGGUCGUAACGAAACGACAGCUUACUAAACUCCCCAGCCUCCCAAUAGAGGCCGACGACACGCCUUAUGCUGACCAAGAUGAGGAUGACGAAUCGGAUGGUGACAACUUUGCCGAAAAUGAGGAAGAGGCUGCCGCCGCUGCGCGUGCCGCUCACGAAAGACGUCUUCAAGCUGAAAACCAAGUCGAGAACGGAGCCGAAACCCAAGUCGAAAAGCAGGCUGAAAAGCAGGCUGAUGAGAUGAUGAAAGACGACGAGCCCCAAGCGGCGCAGGAACCCAACGGCGAUCAUGUUACUCAUGUUACCAACGGAGAGGAAACAGCUGACAAGGCCUUCCCUGCGGAACAAAUGGAUGUUGAUGAAGAGGAAGAUGAAGUCGAUCCUCUAGAUGCAUUCAUGGAUGACCUUCAACAAACGGAGACUGUCAAGAAUCCCUUGAAGAAGGCCGCUGUCAAGAAGCAGCAAGAACCUGAGGCUUAUUUCUCUGAUGAUGAUUAUGCCUUCGACAACGAAGGCGAUCAGGAGGCAGACGCCGCAUUGCUUGCAAUCGCUAACAAGCGCAAGAAGAAGGAUAUUCCAAGCGUUGACUAUUCAAAGAUAGAUCUGCAACCUAUCCGCAAGAAUUUCUGGGUCGAGCCCGCAGAGUUGAGCUCGCUUUCCGAAGCAGAUGUCACAGAUUUACGACUGGAGCUAGAUGGAAUCAAGGUCAACGGCAAGGAUGUACCCAAGCCUGUUCAGAAAUGGGCUCAGUGUGGUCUCACCCGCCAGACCCUCGAUGUCAUUGGUUCACUCGGGUUUGAAAAGCCUACGCCGAUUCAGAUGCAGGCCUUGCCCGCGCUAAUGUCAGGUCGGGAUGUCGUUGGUGUGGCCAAGACGGGAUCCGGCAAGACUAUGGCUUUCUUGCUUCCCAUGUUUCGACAUAUCAAGGACCAAGAGCCGCUCAAGGACACAGAUGGCCCCGUUGGGCUAAUUAUGACGCCAACCCGUGAGCUAGCCACCCAGAUUCACAGAGAUUGCAAACCUUUCCUGAAAAUGAUGAACCUACGUGCUGUUUGCGCGUACGGCGGAGCUCCCAUUAGAGAUCAGAUUGCCGAACUCAAGCGCGGUGCUGAAAUCAUUGUUUGCACACCUGGCCGCAUGAUUGAUCUACUGGCCGCCAACCAAGGGCGAGUCACCAAUCUCCGGAGGGUUACCUAUGUGGUUCUCGACGAAGCCGACCGAAUGUUUGACAUGGGCUUCGAGCCACAGGUGAUGAAGAUUUUUGCCAACAUGCGACCUGACCGACAAACAAUUCUCUUCUCGGCUACUAUGCCACGCCUCAUUGAUUCACUCACGAAAAAGGUGCUCAAGAGCCCUAUUGAGAUUACUGUCGGCGGCCGCAGCGUUGUUGCCAAAGAGAUUGAGCAAAUCGUGGAGAUUAGAGAGGAGAGUUCAAAGUUUCUCCGUGUUCUAGAGUUGCUAGGCGAGCUCUACGAUAAGGACGAAGAUGCCCGGUCGUUGAUCUUUGUCGAGCGACAAGAGAAAGCGGAUGAUCUUCUUAAAGAGCUAAUGCAGAAGGGCUAUCCUUGCAUGUCCAUCCAUGGAGGCAAAGAUCAAGUGGAUCGCGAUUCUACCAUUUCUGAUUUCAAAAAGGGCGUAGUGCCCAUCCUGAUUGCUACAUCGGUUGCUGCGCGUGGCUUGGAUGUCAAGCAGCUCAAGCUUGUCAUCAACUACGACGCACCCAACCACCUGGAAGACUAUGUUCACCGUGCUGGGCGAACAGGCCGUGCAGGAAACACAGGAACCGCCGUUACUUUUGUCACGCCUGAACAAGAGAAUUGCGCUCCUGGUAUCGCCAAAGCCUUGGAACAGAGUGACCAGCCCGUCCCAGAACGCCUCAAUGAGAUGCGGAAAUCUCAUCGAGAAAAGGUCAAGUCGGGCAAGGCGAAGGACUCGUCUGGAUUCGGCGGAAAGGGUCUGGAUCGUCUGGAUGCAGAACGUGAGGCCGCCCGCCUCCGCGAGCGCAAGACGCAUAGAGCUGAGGGUGAGGAAGAAGAGGUCAAGGAAGAGGGUAAGAAGGAGGAAGAAGACAAGAAGAUUGAGAAAACGCUUAGCGCUAUCAAAGCGGCGGCCUCCACUGUCCAGGCUCGUGAAAUAGCACGGGCUGAGGGAGGAGAGAGCGGCAAGGGAGCUCAGCCUGUUGUUGCUACAGGUGACAAGGGCAAGGAUCCUUUGGACAAAGUCAGCUCUGCUGUCAGUGCCAUCAACAGCCGUCUGGGCAAGGCUGGCCAGCUUCGCUCUGGCCAACCCAUCGACAACAAAGGCCCCGACGCCGGUGCUUUCCACGCUACACUGGAAAUCAACGACUUCCCACAGAAGGCUAGAUGGGCCGUCACCAACCGCACCAACGUGGCCAAGAUUCUGGAGGCGACCGGAACGUCCAUCACCACCAAAGGUAGCUUCUAUCCUCCCGGAAAGGAAGUACCGGCUGGAGCAGAACCCAAGCUAUAUAUCCUUAUUGAAGGUGAUACCGAGCUUGUGGUAUCCGCUGCUUUGAACGAAAUGACGAGGCUUCUGAGAGAGGGUACCAUUGCUGCGGCGGAUGCAGACAGCAGGGCUCCCGCGAGUGGAAGAUAUACUGUUACUUAA